UUCACAUCCUCAGCCUCAUUUCUCUGCACCAACCAAACCAAUCGAAGCCAACCAUCCAUCGGGCGCCACCAGGCCACACAGCGCCGCCGCACUCCGCUCGGCUCGACCGAUAGACCGGCGGCGAUGGAGGAGCAGGGCAGGGGGGCGAGCAACAAGAUCCGGGACAUCGUGCGGCUGCAGCAGCUGCUCAAGCGGUGGAAGCGGAUGGCGGUGGCGCCGGGCAAGAGCAACGGCGGCGUGCCCAAGGGGUCCUUCGCGGUGUACGUGGGCGAGGAGAUGCGGCGGUUCGUGAUCCCCACCGAGUACCUGGGCCACUGGGCCUUCGAGGAGCUGCUCCGGGAGGCGGAGGAGGAGUUCGGGUUCCGGCACGAGGGCGCGCUCCGGAUCCCCUGCGACGUCGAGGCCUUCGAGGGCAUCCUCCGCCUCGUCGCCGCCGGGAAGAAGGACUCCGCCGCCGACAUGUGCGACCGCUCCUGCUCCUCCGAGACCGAGAUCCUCUGCAGAUGAGGACGCGAGGAGUUCUUGCGCCCGGCCCUCGCUUGCUCUGAAGAUUGGAUUCAGAAAGAGAUCUUCUUUCCUUUUUUUUCCUCUCUCCUUUCUUGCGUUCUCCCGAUCUUUCUUCUCGGUUUUAGCUGAAGAAAGGGGAAGAGGUUGCAACUAGAUGGAUCUGUAAUUUGUACAACACCGGUAACAGACCGAGGAUUGUUCAGUCUAAUGCAAAAAACUUAGGCA